AUGAGACUGAUAUCCACGCAGAGUCUUAAAGUGGUAUCAAUACGCGAAGAUGAGAUACCGCCAUAUGCGAUCUUGUCCCACACCUGGGAUAAGGACGAGGUCACGUUGCAAGAGAUGCAAGGCUUCGGGGCAGAAUUGCUAUCCACCGCCAGUCGGAUCGAUCUUCUCAAGGCGAAGCAAGGCCUUCGAAAGGUGCUUCACGCCGCAAAUCUCGCUGCGUCCGAGGGACAUGAUUGGAUUUGGAUCGACACUUGCUACAUCGACAAAACCAGCAGCGCAGAGCUUUCCGAAGCCAUCAAUUCCAUGUACAGAUGGUAUCAGGGCUCAGAGAUAUGCUAUGUCUACCUGUCAGACGCAAGACUGGGCGACAAAGAGCUUCAGAAGUCAGGCGACGAAUCGUUGGGGCGACUGAUCCAAGAUAGUCGCUGGAUCGCGUGCGGCUGGACCUUUCAAGAGCUGAUAGCUCCUUCAUCGGUAUUAUUUUACUCAAGCGAUUGGUCAUUCAUUGGGAGGAGUAGCGAAGACCAUAUAAUUCGCACUCUGGCAGAAGCAACUGGCAUCGACAUUGGCGUGCUAUCUGGCGACAUUGCCACGCAAGAGGUCAGCGUUGCCAAUCGUAUGAGAUGGGCAUCCAAGAGGAAAACAACGCGCAAGGAAGAUAUGGCAUAUUGCUUGAUGGGGCUUUUCAGUGUGAGUAUGCCUUUACUGUAUGGGGAAGGCGGAGUUCGUUCUUUUAUCCGUCUUCAAAACGAGAUCCUUCAGGCCACAGAUGAUCAGACCAUAUCCGCCUGGUCAACACCGCCUGGAAGCAAAGACAACAUCCGAGCAUCGGGACUAUUAGCCGAAUCUCCGGCAUAUUUUCGAGAUGCACCGAGUAUGUAUCCUAUGUCAGACUGGUAUCAACCCGAAAUCAGCACUCCGUGGAGUAUGACCAAUCGGGGGCUCAUGGUUCAGCUAUAUCUCCAACCUUCGAAAUCAGACGGCAGCACAAAGGAAGAUUCUGCAGAUGAUUUCGUGGCGGUUCUCAACUGCUCUGCUGAAAUAAGUAGGGUGGAUUAUCUCGGCCGGGAGUGGAUUCGUGACUACAGUCCAACAAUAUCACUGCGGCGGCUGUGGGGGGACCAGUUCGCAAGAAUGCACGGAGAUGAGGUCCGAUAUUGUCGGAACGCAUGA